GUCAUUUUGGUUUGGAUUUAUUUUGCUCGGCGGUCUUUGGAUAUCACAUCACAUCCACAGAGACAGUUUUCUUCAAUCUCGACUCUUGAUAAACUGGGAGAUCUUAAUUCUGUCCUUCCAUGGUUUUGUGGCGGGAGCUGUGAGAACAAAACAUGCAUGAGUCCUCUUAAAGAAGAGUGGGAGUGUGUGCUGUCAUUUCAAGUGGCAGCGUGUGUUUUGUGUGUUAAAGUGUGUUUUGAUAAGUGUUAGAGCAUGUUGCCCCCUGUAAAGAAAGACAGGAUUAUAACUCAGCUACCAAAGUGUUUCAGUCCUCAUGCCGCACUGCACACCAAAGAUGGCUUCCAUCCACAGGUGAAGGCUGUUUGCCAGGUGCAGAAAGGAGCCACUGUGAGCUUCAACAUUGCAAAGGUAAUUGUUGUGGGAGAUGUUGCAGUGGGAAAGACGUGUCUUAUCAGCAGGUUUCGUAAGGGUGCAUUUGAGAGAAACUACAAAGCAACCAUUGGGGUUGAUUUUGAGAUGGAGCGUUUUGAAGUGCUUGGUGUUCCCUUCAGUUUACAGCUAUGGGACACGGCUGGUCAGGAGAGAUUCAAAUGCAUCGCUUCGACAUAUUACAGAGGAGCACAAGCCAUUAUCGUGGUGUUCGACUUGAGCAGUGUGACCUCUUUAGCUCAUGCCAGGCAGUGGCUGGAGGACGCCAUGAAGGAAAACGACCCAUCAAGUGUCUUAUUGUUCCUCGUUGGUACCAAGAAGGACCUUAGCUCGCCUGAUCAGUUGGCUCAAGUCGAGCAGGAAGCCAUCAGACUGUCUGAGGAAAUCAAAGCAGAGUACUGGGCUGUGUCUGCCAAGUCAGGGGAAGGUGUGAAGGAUUUCUUCUUCCGUGUGGCCUCUCUGACUUUUGAGGCCAACGUUCUGUCCGAGCUGGAGAAAAAUGGCUCAAGGCAUUACAGUGACAUUAUCAGGCUCACAGAUGGCCCAGGCACCAACCACAAACCGAACAGGAGGAGCUCCAACUGCUGCUGAUGCCUGAAAACCAAUGACUCCUUGAAUUCAAGCUGCAUCGACAUCGCAAAAAACCCCCCACAAAAAUCAUGCUAGUGGAAAGACUGAACUAUGGACUGAGCAUGCCCAGUCCAUAGAUAUCCUGAGCUGACUCCUCAACAGCAAUGUCAGCUACACAAUAUUUUAUUUGUAGUGUCUGCAGAUAGCCUGAGAAGGAGCUGCUUGUAUGUUUCUGAUAAUGAAGUUGAGGCGGUAAACAACCAGAAGUCUUCUCAGGAAUGGGCCUGGGUUACAACAAAUAAAGCUUUGUCUCGUGCUCAAUAAACAUUUAUGUAAAGAGGAACAUUAUUUCUCCUCUAGAUCUUUAUUAGAUAACACUAAGUUGAUGUUUUCAUAAACUUUUCUCUUUUCAUCUUAACAUUUUUCAUGUUAUAAGCAAAUGUUUGUAUCAGAUUUAAUGCAUUUUUUGUCGGUUUCCUCACUGGUCUCCUGUCAUGUGUCUGCUGCUAAUGUGAUGCGUAUGCUGACUCCCAUGACCGCCAUCACACCCACAACUCAUCCUUCUCUUCCAACGAGUUCUCAUGAUCCUGAAAAUGGAGGGUUUGUUUGCAGGGACAGUAAAAGGCAGACAUCUGAAGCUAAUUGAUUUUCUCUCAUUCAGACUGAAAGAAGUUGUCUUUGUAUGUCUGCACUUGUCCUUAUUUCCUAUUUAGGACAGU